AUGAGAUUUCAUACAUUUCCUCUUACCGCGCCUUCCAUCUCACAGCCGCCAAAAAGCCUCGCCCAUAUCACAUCUGUGCGAGCUCACCGAAUCUCUCUUCGGCAUUUCAUCAAAUGCUUGCGCUACCAAAGAAACCCAAGCCCCCUCCAUGUCUUCCCGUCCUCCUUUGGCAUUGCCAAAACCCCCUCCUCCUCCGCUCUUCUUGUUGCCCCUGAACCAUCCACCAUGCCAAAUCACGGCGGCCACUGCCUCUACCUCCUUGCCUCCCUCCUCCGCCGGGGCUUGCCCUCUGUCGCCCUCUCCGUCCUUGAUCGCAUCAUCAUAUGCUCCUCCACUCCUGACGCUCUCGCCGCUGCCCGCUAUGCCUCCUCAUUAGGCCUCCCAGUGGACCCUGCCCGCCUCCUCCGCCCCCUCCUUUCCUCACGGCAAUUCACCAAGGCGUCUCAGGUCUUCCUCUCCUUCACCUCUCUGUCCAUCUCCGAUCCAUCCCUUCUUGACUCAAUGCUCCUAUGCUACUGCGAGCUACGAGACCUUCCCCGAGCCCAAUCCCUUUUUGAUGCCAUCAUAAAGCUCAAAUCUUUGCCGAGUUUAGCCUCGUACGGCGCGUUACUUCGGCUAUUAUGUGCCAAAGAGCAGUUGUCGCACGCUUUCUCCCUGUUUAUCCGCAUGGCCGGAGCUGGUGUUCUCCCUCCUGAGUCCUCUUAUCACGUUUUGAUUCCUCGGUUGUGCUCCGAGGGUUACUUGAAUGAAGCACGCUUCUUGUUUGAUGUAAUGCUUGGUGCUGGCAUUCGACCCUCUCUCCGUUUGUUGAAGUCCUUGGUCUAUGGCUUUUGCAAAGGGCAGAGAAUGUUGGACGCCGAGCGAGUUUGUAGGAUCAUGAAGUCGCAUGGGUUCUUUUUGGAUCGUACGCUGUGCACGGUGAUGAUUCAUGGGUAUUGCAGGGAAGGAAGGAUAAAUUUGGCUCUUGAUCUUUUUAAGGAGUUGAAGGAGAGGAUUGGCUGUGAGCCAGAUGCAUACUUGUAUAAUACAAUGAUCUAUGGAUUCCUGAAGCUUAAUUCUGUUGAUGAGGGUUGGGAGUUGUUCCAUGAAAUGGUGGGAUGUGGCCUGAAGCCAAAUGUGGUUACUUUCAAUAUGAUGAUCAGCUGGUACUGUGAAAACACUGAUGUGGAUUUUGCGUUGAAACUUAUUGAUACAAUGAAGAGUUAUGGUUUGACACCAAAUCUGCAUUGUUAUACUGCAGUGAUAACCGCACUUUGCAAGGCUAAGAGAUUGUCGGAGGUGCAGAAGUGGUUUGAUGAAAUGCUUGACUGUGGCAUCAUCCCUGAUCACCUUAUGUUUCGGUUGCUGAUUAAGAAUCUCCCAUGUGAUCAUAAGCUUUGGAUGAUUUGCAAGGUUUUGGAUGGUCUGUCCAGGAAUGGUUGCAACAUCAACGCUUCGAGGUUUGUCAGAUUGUGUACUUCUGAUUCGGAUGAGGAGUUGCAGCGGGAAGUCAAGCUUCUGUUUGAUGAGAUGGCGGGAUACAAUAUAAUCCCAAUGAAAGUGGUUCUCCAUAUUUUGUUAGGAGCCGUUUGCUCACGGGGUAAGUUUAGCAUUGCUUAUCUCUUAUUGGAGAACAUGGUUGAGCAUGGAUCUGAGCCUUCAAUUUCUAAUUAUAAUUUCUUUAUAAGAUGUUUGUGCAAGGAGGAUAGGAUAGAGGAUGCUUACUCUCUUUUAUGUCAUAUGAGAAGGAGAGGUGUGCUUCCUAAUCUGGCUACUUAUUCAAUUAUUAUAAAUUCUCACUGCAAGCGUGGAGACAUAGAGUUAGCAUUGAGAGCUUUUGAUGAGAUGAUACAGCAGGGUUUUAGGCCUCCUGUUGACGUUUAUGAUUCAAUUAUAAGAUCUUUGUGCAAAGCAGGGAGGAUGGAGGAAGCUGUGCUCACCUUUGACAGGAUGCUAGAGGCAGGCGUCAUGCCAGAUGAUGUGAUCUACACCACACUCAUCAAUGGUUAUUCAAAGAUGGGAAAGAUUGUUAAUGCUCGAUAUCUGUUUGAUGAGAUGGUGGAUCGCGAUAUACAACUGAGUUCCCAUGCUUACAGUGCUCUUAUUAAUGGACUGACGAAGACCAACAUGUUUAGAACAGCUGGUAAAUAUCUGCGUAUGAUGCUGGAGGAUGGUUUUGUGCCAGACACAGUCCUUUAUACAAUGCUCAUAAACCAGUUCUUUAAGAAAGGGGAUGUUCGCCUUGGACUAGAUCUAAUUGCAUUGAUGGUGAGGAACCAGGUUCAACCUGAUCUCAUCACAUUUGGAGCUGUGAUCAGUGGUAUAUGUAGAAAUGUCUCGAGGCAUGAAAAAAUGAAACUUUCUUUAGCUGUAAAAUUGGAGGAAGCAAGGUGCUUGCUUUUUAAGUUGUUAUCACGAAAUACUAUUGCAUCAGGAAGGCUAACUCAAAAUAUCCAAUGUGGAACUACUAAAGAAAAAAUUGAGCUAGCUAGGGAGUAUAUACAACUUCUCCCGGUUGUUGGUUUGGUUCCAGAUUUACAUAUUUACACUGGGAUGAUUAAUGGAUUUUGUCGAGCUAAUAUGAGAAACAAUGUUAAUGCCCUCAUAGAUUCUAUGGACAAAGCUGGUAUUGUCCUUGACCAAGUGGCAUGUACCAUCUUAAUGGGCGCCCAUAUCAAUUCUGGUGAGAUCGAUCGUGCGACUGAAUUAUUUAACCAGAUGAACAGGGAUGGAUGCAUUGCUGAUAAUGUUACUCUUGAUACACUUAUUAAAGGUUAUUCUAUUGCUCAAAGAGGGAUGGAGGCAUUAUCUCUUUUUCACAUGAUGCGGAAGAGAGGGCUUUUCCCUAGCAAAUUUUCAUGUCAUAGAUUGCUUGACUGCCUCUGUCAAAGUCAUGCUAGUGAUCUUGCAUUUAAACUAUUUGAGGAAAUGGUUUCACAUGGCUAUAUGCCACAGCAUGAUAAAUAUAACAAAUUGCUCUUCAUGCUCUUGGAAGAGGAAGGUUUGCAGGCGGCUCACAAAACCUUCGACAUGAUGCUUAAGAGAGGAAAAACUCCGGAUCAUGAGGCAAAGAAACAGCUGCUCAAUAUGUGUUAUAAACAUGGAGAAUAUGAUCUGGCUCUUGUGAUUGACAAAAAUAUACCAGUUUAUGAGUGAGUAAUGCUUUCUGUAACUAAAAAAAAAUCGGAAGUUGAUAGAUGAUGCAUGUCAGUCUCUCUGAGAUUAAUUCUCCUCUCUGGGCAGGGUUCUGCCUGAAGGGUGAGCAUCAGCAUCCAGAUGCCUCUUUUUUGUGCUAUCUGGUGAGAGUCAGGGACAUUGACAACUGUUACUUCAACAAUCUAGAUGCAUAUGGAGCAACCUGAAAGAUUUAUCACUCUUGAAAAGAUAUAAGCUGAUGAAGUCACUGUACAGUGUAUGGCGUCAAAACACGCUCCUCAGCAAUAGCAUCACUGGAAAUAUUGAUCAGCAGCACCUUGCCCCUUGGAAUAUCCAAUUCUCCCUGACCCCUAAUCUGAUUGGAGACUUGAACAUUAUGCCAAUAUCUAAGCAUCAGAGCGUCCACAUAAAGCCCAGGUUUUAAUUUAGAAGAAGAAUCUGGGUUUAUUGACAUUGAAAAUUGACCCUUCUGUCAUGUCGGAGAGUUGGCCUAUACAGGUUAUCUGUUUAUUGACAAAUUGAAGUGGAGAAAAUUAUUCCCCAGCCAUCAAGCAAAACUCUAGGUUUUCCACAUGCUUCUGGUGACAAAUGAUUGUCAGAUAUCUCAUCAUGAUGCAUACUGGUUAGAUAGUGAUUAUAUAUCUGCCUUGGUCUUCUUUUCUUUGUCAAUGAUCUUGAUAUCAAUGAGAAGGUGACACAUACAUUACAAUGUACAGGUUAAUAUGAUCUUUAAUAUUCACAUAAAUAUCAUACAGAUAUAAUUAUUCAUAUAAAACUCAUGAUAGAGAAGCUGUUUGAAUAGCUUGAAUGAUUUCAUAAUUCAGUCCUUUUUUUUAUAUUAUUACACAAAGAUGUCAAGGAAGUUUCCUGUCAUUAAUCUGUAUCUUAAUUGUGAUUUGAAGGUUGUGAGAAGUUUAUGAAGAGACCAUGCAUCUGACAACAGCAGCUGGAUUCCUUUGCGGAUGGAAAAAUAUCGCAUUUGCUAACAUAAACUGAUGAACAUCAUUAGAGUUGCAUGUAGAAGCUGAAGUGGUACUACUCGAUGGAACGUGAUGUGCUUCGCGAGGGUUUAUCUUUAUUGUGGGUCGAUUCGGAAGAGACUUCAGAUAUUGAAAUCUUCGUGUGAUGGUGCAGAACAAACAUCUCUGAUUAAGUCCAGUAAGCUUAAUACUUUUAUUAACUUACUGUUAAUUGUUGGUGGUGUCCCCUGAAAUGGAAAUUCAGUUUAUAUGCUUCACAUUUGCAGUUAUCAUUUCUGAAUGUUGUUUUGUU